AUGAAAUCAUUGGUGCUCAAUUUUAAGAUUAUGCUCAUCAGAACACUUCUUAAUGUUCACAAUUGCAAAAUAAAAAAUGUGAUAAGACGUUUUUAUGGGUUUAAAAUAUUUUUAUGGUUUUUGAUUAGAAGGCAACUUGGUAGUUACAUAGCUCUCAAUUUCAAACCAUUAGCAUUAAAAGCGAAAAUAGCGAAUAGAAAUCUAAUUUUAAAAGAAUUGAUUUAUGGUCGAAAUUAUUAUCUUAAUAUUUCUCACAAGAUACAUGAAGAAAAAACCACACCAUCUUCAAACAUAGAGAUUUUCAAGGGAACAACAAAAGCAGAAAAAAUCUUGAUUUAA